AUGGAGUCGCGAUUUAUUGCAAUUCCAUUGAAAGACAGUCAAGAAGAUGUGAGUUUUACGGGAAAAAUUUGUUCAUUAAAUUAAGUUCCUAAUAAAAGUAUCUAAAAAAAUAGUUGAAGAUGACCGCCAUCUGAAAUUCUUUAUUUUUCAGGAUGGCGGUCAUCUGAAACGUCUUCGCCGAUUUUCCAUCGAAGUUUGGAAUCUGACCCAAAACUGGGGAGAUGCAUCAUCUCGAGCAGCCAAAUCUCUGGAAAAUAUCAUAAAUUCUCGCCUCCAACUAUUAUAUUCUAAAGAGCAACAAAAUGAAGAAACAAUUAUGACGAGUGAUGAAAAAUCUAGACAAAUUGCAAAAAUAGUUGAGCAAAAUGAGAUAUUGAAUUGUUCGCUGGAUGAUUUAGAGAAAAUUAUUGGAAAAUUUGAGACUGCUUUUGGAAGAAUUGCUGCGUGGAAACAAUUAAUUGCAAAUUCCUCUAACAAAGAAUCCAUUUUUAUUGUCGAAACUUUGGAAUCUGUUCUACCUGAUUUGAUAAAAAUGCUGAAAACUGAACUAAAUGUGAAAAAAACGGGACUUUUGGAUGUGGCGAAUAAUGAAAAUCGAAAUGUUUUCACAUGCAUUUUAUUAGCUUUCAAAUACGAACCUUUUGUUGAUACUAAUUUUUUAUCAAAAUUGUAUGCUCUUGUAGCGAAUGAGGCACAAUGAUUUGUUAUUUUUUGAAUGUUUGAAAAUAAAAAAUAAAUAAAAUGUUUUUGAAAAAUUGAUUAUCUAUUGGGGGUUCAAGAAUAAAAGUUCACAAUUUUAGGAAGUGAUUGAGAUAAGUUGCGAUGAACUGCCAGAAGGUUCAGAAGUUUUAGCGAUUUUGGAAGCCGAAGAAGCCAGACUUUCAUCAUGGAUCGAAGUUGCUGUAAGUCAUCUUUUAAAUAAUUUUUUCUGUUUUACCUAAAAAUCACUUUUUAGAUCGAAUACUAUCGACAUCAACGAAUUGAACCGUUUUUAUUGAUAUUGGAAUCCGCCGGAAGUAGAGCUGGAUUAAAUUAUGCAAGUGUGAAAUCGGAUCAAAUGAGAGCUUUGGAUAUAUUGGCUGCACAUUGGAUGCAUUGUGUAAGAUAGGGCUCUUUUUGAAAAAACGCGAUUUUUUUCGUACCAGUAUUUCACUUUGGAAUUGAAGAAAAUCUAGCAAUACGCUCAAAAUUCGAAAUUGUUCAAUUCAAAAAAUUCAGGGUUUUCGCGAAAAGCAGAAAGACAAACGUCAAGAUUUCUUCUCAAAAGCAACUGUUCUUUUCAAUACCGCCGACAAAAUUUUGAUGUACGAUUCAUCUCAUUUAACAGUCAGAGCCUGGUUUUAUCUAUAUGAAAAAGAAACUCGAACAAAUAAGUUAGAUUUAGCUGAUCAACAAUUCAAUUAUGUUGUUAAAACGGUAAGAUUCUGGUAAAAGUUCAUAAAUUCAUAAAGAUUCUUAAUUUUCAGCAACCUACAAAUGUUUUAUCAUUAAUUGGAAAAGCUGUGAUCUCAUUCAACAAAAAAGAUGCAAAACUCGCUGUUUAUUAUUUUCGAAAAGCUCUUCGACAAAAACGACAUUCAAUUGCGGCCCUUCGUGUCGGACUCGGUUAUAGUUUCUCGAAAUUGGGACAAUUUGACAAGGCUCGAUUAGCAUUUGAAAGAGCAUUAGAACUUGAAGAUAAUAGUGUGUCAGCAAUGGUUGGAUUGGCGAUUAUUCUAUUGAAUACAAUGGAACCAGACAAUUUUAAUAUGGCUAUAAAUUUGUUCGGAAAAGCGUAUGAUUUGAUGCCCGAUCAUCCGGUUGUUUUGGUUCAUUUGGCCAAUCAUUUCUUUUUCAAGAGAGUGAGUUUUGCUUUUUCCUUUUUCGAAGAAAGGUUCUCAGAGAUUCGCUGGCCAGCUCGCGACCAGGUGGGGAGGCUGGCUGACCUGGGAACCACAUGGAAACCAUGUCGCCCGGUUUUUUUCGCUGGCAAGGUGGCCAGGCUCUGGCUAGGUCACGGCCACAUGGCUACCAUGUGGUGGCCACUUCGCCGCGUCAAAAUGAAUUUUCAUAAAAAUGUCUGAAAAACUUGUGAAUUGAGGCAUUUUCGAAAAUUUUGGCUCAUUUUCUGUUUUUUCGCAGCAUUUGAAACCUUAGGAAGUGAAAAAAACAGUAGAAAAUGCAGUGUUUUGAGUACAAAUCACUGUCUUGCCAGCUUUCCAGAAUUUCAAACACACAGGCCACGUCGCCGGAAAACUCGAGGCGACCUGGCGGCCAUGCGGUUUCCAGGUGGCCGCAGCGAUCUGGUGGCGAGCUGGCCAGCGAAUCUCUGAGUUGUUUAUUUGAUUCAAUUUAAAUUUUGUAAAUCUAUAUUUCGCGUGAACAUUAACGUGGCAAUUUGAGAAUUUUUAAUUUCGAAAUUCGAAAAAAAAUAAUUUUUCGCUCAAUAUUUCAACGUGAUCUACUUCUAAUGAUUCAUCAUUUUCCCUUCAAUUUUCUCAUUUCUGCUUUUGUCCAGGAAUAUGAAAAUGUGCAACAAUUAGCAUGGCAUGCAAUGCAAUCAACUGAAAGUGAUGCAAUCAAAUCCGAAGCCUGUUAUCAAUUGGCUCGUCUCAAACACGCACAACAUCAAUACGAAUCGGCAUUCAAAUAUUAUUAUCAGUCGAAAAAUUUGAAUAAUGGAGAACACACGUUGGCCUUUUUUGGACUCGGACAACUUUAUAUUUAUCGAAAUGAGUUGGAAGAGGUGAGCGGGUUUUGA